AUGGAAAUAACAAAAGUUUGUCUGCACUGUAAAGGCAGCCACAAAACGUUCGACAAAAAUUGCACGCAUUACCAACACAACAAAAAAAUUAAUGAAAUCAUAGCGUACGAAAGCAAAAAAGCGAAAACCCAGAUAAAGCAAGAAACGCAAGCCAGCAAGAAACUAGCCCCGAAAGAGGAGAUCUCCCCAGGGGUUUUAAUUAACCUAACAAACUUCCCUCAACUAAAAAAGCUCUCAAUGUCGGAGGAGUUCAAAAUUAAACGCAUUGGAGGGCAUCCAAAAAUGGAUAACAACCCUACCCACUAA